AUGUCUGAUUUACGCUACUUUCAAACCACGAAAAAAGGAGAAAUCCAUGAGCUUAAAGAAGAACUACAUUCUUCUCAUAAGGAAAAGAAAAAAGAAGCAAUUAAAAAGAUUAUUGCUGCUAUGACUGUUGGGAAAGAUGUAUCGACAUUAUUUUCUGAUGUUGUGAAUUGUAUGCAAACAUCAAAUAUAGAAUUAAAGAAACUUGUUUAUUUAUACGUUAUAAAUUAUGCUAAGGUACAACCCGAAUUAGCCAUUUUAGCUGUUAAUACAUUUCGAAAAGACUCAUCAGACCCAAAUCCCCUUAUAAGAGCUUUAGCCAUACGAACAAUGGGAUGUAUACGACUAGAACAAAUUACAGAAUAUUUAAUUGAACCGUUGAGGAGAUGUCUAAAAGAUGAAGAUCCAUACGUAAGAAAAACAGCUGUUAUAUGUAUAGCGAAAUUAUAUGAUAUAUCACCGAAAUUAGUAGAAGAAGAAGGUUUUAUAGAUACACUCUUAGAUAUAUUAGAUGAUAAUAAUGCCAUGGUUGUUGCUAAUGCUGUUAUAUCGUUAACAGAUAUAUGUGAGAAUUCAAACAAAAGCAUAUUAAAAGAUGUUAUAAACAAAGAUGAAAAUAAUGUGAAUAAACUUUUAAAUGCUAUUAAUGAAUGUGUAGAAUGGGGACAAGUAUUUAUUUUAGAUGCUUUAGUUUUAUAUGAACCUAAAACUAGUAAAGAUGCUGAACGUGUUUUAGAAAGAAUAUUACCAAGAUUAUCACAUGCUAAUUCAGCCGUAGUUUUAUCAUCUAUUAAAGUUAUCUUAUGUUUAUUAGAUAAAAUCAAUGAUAAAGAAUUUAUUAAAAAUGUACAUAAGAAAUUAAGUCCAUCUUUAGUCACACUUUUAUCGGCUGAACCAGAAAUUCAAUAUAUUGCAUUAAGAAAUAUUAAUUUAAUAACACAGAAAUUACCAAACAUGCUCUCUGAUAAAAUCAAUAUGUUCUUCUGUAAAUAUAAUGAACCUGCCUAUGUAAAAAUGGAGAAACUUGAUAUUAUUAUAAGACUUGUAUCAGAUAAAAAUGUAGACCUAGUUCUAUAUGAAUUAAAAGAAUAUUCUACAGAAGUAGAUGUCGAAUUUGUUAAAAAAAGUGUAAGAGCUAUAGGUAGUUGUGCAAUAAAAUUACCACAAUCUAGUGAGAAAUGUAUAAAUAUAUUAUUAGAUUUAAUAGAUACCAAAAUUAAUUAUGUUAUACAAGAAUGUAUUGUAGUAAUUAAAGAUAUUUUUAGAAAAUAUCCAAAUAAAUAUGAAAGUAUAAUAACCAUUCUAUGUGAAAAUCUAGAAUCUUUAGAUGAAUCAAAUGCUAAAGCAUCCUUAAUAUGGAUAAUAGGAGAAUAUGUAGAACGUAUAGAUAAUGCUGAUGAAUUAAUUGAUUCAUUUCUAGAAAAUUUUAGUGAUGAACCAUAUAAUGUUCAAUUACAAAUUCUAACAGCAAGUGUCAAAUUAUUUUUAAAAUGUUCUAAAAAUACAAAAGAUAUUAUAACGAAAGUCUUAAAAUUAUCUACAGAAGAAAGUGAUAAUCCUGAUUUAAGAGAUAGAGCUUAUAUAUAUUGGAGAUUGUUAUCUAAAAAUAUUGAGGUUGCCAAAAAAAUUGUACUUGCCGAUAAACCUCCAAUACAAGAAGAAAAUAAAAUUACUGAUACCAAAGUAUUAAAUAAAUUAAUUAAAAAUAUAUCCAUGUUAUCAUCUGUUUAUCAUAAAUUACCAGAAACUUUUAUAUCAAAAAAAAAUUCCUAUUUCUUCAAUUCUGUUAAUAAUAAUAAUGAUCAUAUGCAAGAGGAUCACAAUGAUGAUGACGAUUAUGAUAAAGAUAAUCAUGUUCUAAAAAUUAAAAAACAAAUGGACAAACAAAAAUAUGAUAGUUAUUCUAGUGAUAAUAAAAAAUCAAACCAUUCUAGAUCAUCCACUGAUUCAUAUAAUAACUCUUCGGAUGAAUUCAAUAAUGAUAUCGAUGAUGCAGAUGAUAGUAAAAAAUCUAUGGACUUAAUAGGAUUAAAUGAUGAUGAAACUAAACCCAAAAAAACAGUACCACCUGUCAAAAUGGUUCAGGUAUUAUCACCAGAGGAUGCUGGUUUGAAGGGACAGACGGGUCUCUCCAUUUUUGCUUCAAUAAAUCGUAUUGACAGAAAAAUUCAACUCAAAAUAUCAGUAACAAAUCAAACCCAGAACGAAAUCGUAGUAUCAGGAGUUCAAAUAAAUAAAAAUUCAUUUGGAUUGUCGUCACCGAACAAUUUGGAUGUACAGAAUAUUGGCUUUGGAGAAACAAAAGAAAUGCUCAUAUAUUUAAUUCCAAAUACAUUAAAUUCGAAUACACCUCCAGCAACACCCUUAUUUUUACAAGUUGCCAUAAGAACAAAUUUAGAUAUAUUUUAUUUCAAUGUACCAUACGACAUUUUUGUCGUUUUUGUCGAAAAUUUUCAUAUGGAAAAAGACAUAUUUAAAAAGAAAUGGCAAAUUAUAGAAGAAGCAAAAGAGAGUAUAUUAAUGGCUGUAAGCCCUAUGGUUAUAACAUCAGACAUGUUGAUAAAACGAAUGAAAAUUUUCAAUAUUUCUUUAAUAGCUCGUAGAAAUGUAAAUAAUAUG